AUGAGUUGUGGUACCCUCUCAGAGCUGGCUUUCGGACGAGGCAUCUUCGGAGAGGGAAGUGGCGUUUGGAGAUUGCGCGAGAGCAAAACUGAGGAGGUUUUUGCGGGACGUCUUGAUAAAGCCUGCAGCCAAUACAGUCGCGGAAGCUGCAUGUUUUCAGAAGUCAAUAGUGGGAAAAGUGAGAGGCAGGUCAGCGGAAGGAGUUCUACCACUGGAGACAAGGAACAGUAUAUCCGUGAUGUAUCGAAUUCAUACAGCUGGCUCCAAGAGGCACCCUGGCUCUUUUCACUCGACAAUCCGUCGAUCGUGGUGGUUGGUCCACGUGACAUACAGCAACCCUGUGUUCGUCCCAGGGAAGUGCCGAAUAGACAGUUACAUUCCACGUGGGAAGUAUCGAAAGAGGCUAUCGAGGAGAUCUAUAAGCUGUCCCCACCCCCUCGAAUGACUUGUUACACGUCAGUGCUCGUAAAGGGCAUGGUCAAUUAA